AUGUCUCAACUCGCCAGUAUCGCCGCCGACGGAAGCGAUCCUCGUUUCCACCUGCACGAGCGGGAGAAGAUCGAUGUCUACGCCGGUGGUGCCUCGACGGCCAUUCGACCUCAACAUCGCCGACUGCAUGACUCGAGUGUCACAUUCGAAGAAUAUUACUACUACGCACAGCAGACUCGCGCGGAAGAGGAAGCCAACACUCAGCGCGAAACAGGCAUCCUGUCCGUCAUCUUCCCUUCCAAAAAGGAUGUGGGCGUACAACAAACCUCGGACAAUGUACACAAAGAUGCCUCGGCGAUCAAUUACAGCAAGGAGACAGAUCGUAUGACGAUCACGGACGAGGAGUGGUUGAAUGCAUCGCGGGCACUAAGGACGGCGAGUCGAGGUGCCAUUUUUUAUCUGAUCACCACGGAUAUUUUGGGUCCAUUUGGUCUGCCUUAUGCUUUCGCGUCUAUGGGUUGGGGCCCUGGUAUUGCUUUGUUCACCGUCUUCGCCGGCCUGGCUGGAUACUCUGGAUACCUUCUCUGGCACGCAUUUUGCGGCCUUGACUCGUACUACUACCCAGUCCGAUCGUUCGGAGAUCUUGGAUUUCGUCUGUACGGCCCCUGGCUGCGCUAUCUCUUCAACAUCCUGCAAGGCAUCCAACUGGUGCUCAAUGUCGGACUCAUUGUCAUUUCCAACGGCGAGGCCUUAUCACAGGCCGCACAGUUCAAGCUCUGCUACAUCAUCUGUUGCAUGAUCUGGGCAGUAGUCGGAUUCGCAUUGGGCCAGGUCCGCACGCUGCAGAAGUUCGGCUGGCUUGCUAAUGCCGCAGUGUGGCUGAACCUGAUGUGCAUGUUUGUGACGAUGGGCGGCGCUUCCCAUUACCCGCCCAACUACAGCGGUGCAUCGCAAGCGGCUGGGAAGAACAUCGGUGACGGGUCUUCAGUCGCCCCGGUCAAUGGCGUAUACCCACCUGUGAUGACGACGGGUGGUCUACCGAAGAGUCCAACCUUUGCCGGAACCGUCAGCGGCGCCAUGCAGGCGGUUUUCGCUUAUGGUGGCUCCAUGAUCUUUCCUGAAUUCAUGGCGGAGAUGAAGCGACCCAAGGACUUCUUGACGGCCAUGUGGUCAGCGCAGACAUUCAUCUACGUUGUCUAUAUGUUCUACGGACUCUUCAUGUACGGCUACCAGGGCCAGUAUGUCAUCAACCCGUCUUACUUGGGGAUCAGCAACUAUGUAGUGCAAACCAUCGGGAACGUCUUUGCAAUGAUCGGAGCCAUGAUCGCCGCCGCUCUAUAUGGAAACAUUGGUGUCAAGGUCAUCUACAACAAUAUCCUCGUCGAAUUCUUCCACUUCCCGCCCCUCACCAACCGCGCAGGUAAAAUCCUCUGGAUUGCCCUCAUCCCCAUCUACUGGGCCAUCGCCUUCUGCAUCGCCGCCGGUAUUCCCAACUUCUCCGGCAUCACCUCCGUCGUUGCCGCGUUCUGUAUCCUCCAAUUCACAUAUACAUUCCCUCCAAUGCUCGCGACCUACUUUUGGAUCAAAAAGGCCGCCCUCCAGGACGGCGAGGGCUUCGACCCCGUCACGGGGCAUUCGAUCCGUCAUGACCGUGGGCUCAGACGGAUCGUGCGAGGAUUCCUCGCGCAGAAACCCAAGUAUCUCUUGUUCAGCACUUUCAACAUCUUUUAUUUCCUUGGGGCGUUGGCAUUGGCGGGGUUGGGUGCAUACUCGUCGAUCACGAUUCUCAGGGAUAGUUAUGCGAGUGGGGCGACGACUUCGUUUACGUGCCAUAGUCCAUUGGAUGGGUGA